AUGUCUGCCGACGACGGGUCCAUAUUCACAUCGUGGAACCCCGGAGAGUUGAUCAAAAAAAACCACGGGUACGGAUUAAAGGUUACUCAUCGCCCGCUCUUCAUUGAAGCCUUAUAUCAAAGCCUGCCUGACAGUGCGAAAGCACGAAUCAAGGUCAAGAAGCACGUCUUCAAAGUAAACGUGUCAGAUGAUGGAGUGGUCGUCGAGUGUACCGAUGGUACCGUGGAAAGGGGCUCCAUUGUGAUAGGUUUAGACGGCGUUCACAGUAGAGUUCGCCAAUGCAUGCAGGCGAUGGAGGAGGGUAGGGCAGCUCCGAGCAUAUCGGAAACCCCUAAGAGUCCCUACGUCACCACAUACAGGAUGGUCUUUGGAAGUAUACCUAUUCCUCCGACAUUACCAAAUAAUGUCAAUCACGAAUGCGCGUCAGGACGUGUAUCAACUCAGCUUCUCACUGGUAACUCUCUAGCAUGGUUCGGCGUGUAUGAAGCGCUUGAUAAACCUACGUCAGAACGCAUCAAAUAUACCGAAAAGGAUAAGGAGGAGGCCAUACAGAGAUGGGGACAUCUGUACACCGCUCCCGGCAUGAGAGUGCGCGACGUUUUCGGCCUACAGGAUGGAAACUUUGGUAUGAUCAACCUGGAGGAGGGUCGUGUAGACAAAUGGUAUUGGAAUCGUAUCGUCCUCGCAAGUGAUGCUAUUCGGAAACUAGAGCCUCACGCCGGAUUAGGAUAUAAUAGCGGUUUGGCCGAUGUAGUUGUCCUCGUGAAUAAGCUCCGACGCUUACUCGAGACUACUCGGUCACCGGAUACGAAAGCCUAG